AUGAAUUUUGAAGAUAUUUUAGAAGAAGUGGGAGAUUUUGGUUAUUAUCAAAAAAGAGUUGUAUUGUUAUACCUGAUAGCGGCCGCUAUUUUAUUACCACUCUAUUGUAUGACAACUCUUUUUAUGGUAUCAACACCUAAACACUUGUGCAAAGUGUGGCAAUUUAUUAAUUUAACAAUUGAUGAACAAAUAUCAUUAGUUAGUCCGUUAGUAGUGGACAGUUAUGGAGUUAAAAAGCAUGACUCGUGUAAUAUGUAUGAUAUUGAUUACGACUAUUUGGCAAAUGUGGCCAAUAUUUCAAUAUAUAAACAACACAUGAAUUUAACUGAACUACCGAUCAAAUCGUGUACUAAUGGCUGGGUAUACGACACCACCAAUUAUGACGCCACUGCCGCUACUGCCUUAGAUCUAGUAUGUGAUAGAAGUCAAUAUGUCAAUUUGGCACUAAGUAUUGGAAGUAUCGGUACAAUAAUUGGAACUCCAUUUUUUGGAUGGCUGUCCGAUAAAAUAGGAAGAAGAAAGACCUUUCAGGUGACUGUUUUUGUUUGCAUUAUAUCAACAAUGAGUCCAACUAUUCUUAGAGAUACCACAAGUUUUCUUAUAUUUCGUGCUAUUAAUGGACUAUUAUUGCCAUCAUUUUAUCAAUUGCCAUUUAUUAUACUUAUUGAAUCGGUGGGUCCGCGCGCUCGCACUAUCAUGAAUUCAGUUGCAUGUUUAGCAUGGGUUGGAGGUCAAUGUCUAUUAGCACUGAUAGCUUAUCUGACCCGAGAUUGGGUGCUAUUGAAUAUGAUUUCUUCGGCAACUAUUAUCAUAUUUUUUCUUUACUGGAAAAUACUACCGGAGUCUCCGCGAUGGCUAAUAGUUAAUAAUAAAUACGAAGAGGCAGAGAAACAAUUACUGGAAAUGGCAAAACUUAAUGGCAAACCACAACCACAACAAUUAAUAUCAAAAUUGAAAAGUGUCAGCAAAUCUUUGACUUCAGAUGAGAGCGAAAAGGUAGACAACGCUAUAAUGGUAUUCAUGAGGAAUCCGGGUCUCAGAAGAAACAUAUUUAUAUUGACGAGUAAUUGGGUUUGUUGUGCGGCAGUCUAUUACGGAAUUCAACUUAAUUUAUAUAAUUUUUCCGGCAAUGAGUUUCUUAAUUUUUUCCUGUUGUCUGUCGUUGAGUUCCCGGCCUAUCUGGUCGGUUGGUUCGCAAUUGAAACCCGAUUAGGCCGUCGCUGGACUUUCUCAAUGUUUUUAUUUCUAUGCGGUAUAUCAUUGUGUGUGCCAUCGCUGUUUCCGCCCGAGUAUUCAACAUUUACCACAAUUAUGGCAAUGAUUGGUAAAUUUUGUAGUACCUUAUGUUUUAUGGUAGUUUACCAACAGGGGGCUGAAAUGUACCCCACGGCCAUUAGGAAUCAGGGACUGGGCGUAGGCUCCAUGAUCUCAUCAUUGGCCACAUUUAUUAUACCACACGUCAUAUAUCUGGCACCGAUUUGGGUAUCAUUAUUCAUAAUGGGAUUACUUUCAAUUAUAUUCAGUGUAAUCAGUACUUUAUUACCCGAGACAUUGAAUGUCAAUUUACCGCAAACUAUACAAGAAGGCAAUAUAUUUGRCAAAAAUCAAAAAUAUUUCUCUCUCGCAAACACCAAAACAAUCACAAGAAUUGAGACCAACACCGAUGGCAAAGAAAUGAGAAAUCUUUCAUUUGUUAACUCAAAUAACAAUUAA